UCUACGCGGGAACGAUCGGUUUUGUUUACCAACGGCGCGACAGACGGGCGGAGAGGAGAGGCGCGACGACGGUUAGCGGUGGCCGGACCGCGUGGUAGGAGGCUGCCGCGAUUCAAUUUCAGUCGAAGCGCGUCAGGCAGACCGAGCGAGCGAUCGUCGGUGAGAGAACCAGUCGGGUGCUCUCCUUUGCAGUCCCCGGUAAGGAGAGACAGAGAAGAGAGAGCAUAUUCAGUCCGAAUCUGCUUUCGUAUAUAUAUAUAUACACACACGCGAGUCCUCUUCGUCCUCUCCCCACCAGCGCGCGCUGUAAGGGUUAGCACGUUCGUGAGUGUGCUCCAGUCGGUGUUUACGUCGCGCGCGUGUCUUUCUUUUCGUCGAUCGCCCGGAGGCUUUUCGUUACCGAGAGAGGUGCCGCCCGUGAUUUUGGCGGGCUCGGACCGGCGAAGCAGCCGAUGGCGGCGGAUGGACGGAGAAGUGGCGAAUAACGUCGCGCAACAAAAGUUCGCGGCAUGGAUUUUCCCGCGGUUCGUGCGAUCACGUGACUAGAACGACGACACCAAGGACGACGAAGGGACAGUGGGCUCCACGUCGCCAUGAGCGAGGUCUGUUGACAGCACCGUGUCGUUUGCGAGAAUGGAAUUCGGCGGCUACAAGGGCACCGGGCCCCGCGUCAGGGUGCGCCGACGUGCGGAAUUGGGCAGACGGCUCACCAGGAGGUUGUCCCUCGUCGCGAAGAUGCCGGCCGCGAUCCUCAGCAGAGCGAACCCGCCGGAACCGAGACCGGUCGAGAUCACUGCGAUCGCACCUGACAAGACGCAGCUCACGUUGUCAGCUUCGUCGCCCGGCGCUAUCUCUUCCGUGGUCGCUCCGGUGCUGCUCAAGUUUCGUGUGUGCAGGCCGCGAUUGCUGCUCGCCGGCUCGAGGGCCGAAGUCGACCCCGCCGCCGAUGUAGCCCUUCUGCACGGUGAGGUGUUGCUCAUUGAGGACUCCGCCAGGCAGUACGACGCGAUUGGAGACACUGACCGCAGGUAUCGGGCUACGGAGAAGCUAUUGCAUGCGGAAGAGGAGUAUCACGAGACGUUAUGCAGUGCCAAAGAAUUAUAUGCGCGUCCGUUGGCACGGAGCUAUCCCGAAUUCCACGAUGUCAUUUUUCAACCCCUCGCGGAUCUGGCGAGGAUCAGCGCGGAGCACUGCCAGAGGAUCCGCGGGGCGCUCGAGAAUUGGGACGGCGGUGCCUUCAAACCGAGUGACUUAUUCCCCGGCACGUUUUGGAGCUCGUACUGGGAAUACCUGGAGAGGUACAGCGAGGCGAGGAGGACUCUGGACGAGCUGAGAGCGACCGAGGACCCCCUACUGCAUUUUCUCCGAGUCAGGCAGGCGGCAGCGAGGCACUCGCCUUCGUCUCUGCUUCUCCUACCGGUCCAGAGGCUCGCCGAUUACGAGAGGUACCUGGGACAGGAAGCGAGGAACCUGCUCGAGAACGACUUCGUCAGUAGCGGCGAGGUUCUCCAGCGGGGACAGCUCGAGGGCGACCUUCAUCGCAUCCAAGAGCUAUUCCCCGGCGACAACCUGCGAUUACAUGAGCGAGAUGUCCAAACAACGAAGAUGAAGAAUCUGAACUUACGCAAGAGGAACAGCGGCAAUCCCGGAAAGCUAACGAGAGUGUUGUCCCAGAAGUCUCUGAAUUCCUCGAUACUCUUUGCGAGUACCGGUCCACCUACGAAGUCGCCGACGAGGACCUUCCUCCUGGAAACACCGGUUCAAUUCACCACGGGCAUGCAGUCUCAGGAGAGGCAUCUCUUCCUCUUCACCGAUCUCCUGCUGAUCGCAAAGUCGCGAAGUGGCGGGAACUUCAAGUUGAAACAGACCGUUAGGAUGAGCGAACUCUGGCUCACCGCGGGUCAUAUAGAGGACGUGGCGGAGACCAGCAAGUCUUCGGAGACCAGCUUCGUCCUCGGAUGGCCCACCACGAACGUCGUGGCGACUUUCAUGACCGCAGCGGCGCGGGAUCUCUGGUGGGGACGCCUCAGCGAACUCGUGCGGGAGGAGAGCAUGAAGGAGCCGCCGCACACGAGCAUCCGAGUUCUGUAUCACGACAGCGACACGAACACGGAACACUGCAAGUCGAUCAUGGUGGGUUCCGAGAUGACGGCGGCGGCCUGCCUGAACCUGGCGAUGCCGUUGUUGGAUCUCCAAGGGCACUUCCAGCUGUGGGCGAAGACCGCCGCGGACGAGGCGCCGUACCCGCUGAUAGGCCACGAGCGGCCGUUCGCCGUCAAGAUGUCGAGUCUGCGGCACAUCCUCUCGGCGGACGAGGGCUUCGACCUGGAGCACUGCAACAAGAGCGUCCACGACACCUGCCACUUCAUCCUCAGGCCGGUCCUGAAGUCGCCCGUGAAGAAGAACAACCGGUCCAAGAUAACCGACCUGCUGCGACGGUCUCUGUCGCUGAAUCCGAGCCUCUUCGGCGUGAACCUGUCCAAGCUGGACGAGAAUGGCCUGCCUAAACCUGUGCUAGUGAUGCUGCAGCAGCUGUUCGCGAAAGGUCCCUUCACUCAGGGUAUCUUCCGCAAGUCCGCGAACGUCCGCAUCGUCAGGGAGCUGCGGGAUCAGCUGGAAUCCACCGGUGAUCCAAGCUGUCUCGAGGAUGCUCCGAUAAUAGCGGUGGCGGCCUUGCUGAAGGACUUCCUGAGGUCUUUGCCGGAUCCCCUUCUGACCUCCCAUCUGUUUCCCCUUUGGAUGGAGAGCUUGGAUACGCAGCAUCCCGUGCAAACGAUGAAAAACAUCCUGGACAGGUUGCCGAAGGCGAACCACACGCUACUCUCGCAUUUGGUCUGCGUGCUGCAUCACGUGGCGAGGCGAUCGAAGCGUAAUCUCAUGUGCGCCAGUAACCUUGGCGUCUGUUGUGGCCCGAGUCUGCUCUGGUCGCCAAAUCCGUCGGUGAAUCAAAGCAGAGCGAUCCCGACGAUCACGGAGAUGCUGAUUCGUCAUUGCGAAGAUUUGUUCGGCGCUGGCGUCACGCAGCUACUCGGAGAAGAGCGUAGUGACAGCGGAGCCGAGGAAAGCACCGAUAGUCUUCACUCAGGUGGGCUUUCCUUGGACAGCCUCGACCUGACGGAGCACCCGCGCAGGGACCCCAUGACGCUCUCGAGAGAUUCCGGUCUGACAUUGUCGGACUGCCAGCUGUUUCUCCCGGAGUCGCCGGUGGGCUCGGAGGAUUCGGCGGUGAACGCGCCAUCGUCGGCCUUCGACAAGCCCCUCGUGAAAGAGGAGAAGUCCAAGACCUACACUCGGGUCUACGCCGGUUGGGAAGAGCGGAUCAACAGCUACGGCGGUCAUCAUUCGAGCAGCAGCGUGGAACACAACUUCAGGGAGGAGAAGACCACCGGUGGCGUCUGUCCGAAUCCCAACUUUCAGAGGCAGGACUGGUUGCGAGCUCAUCUGAAAAGAACGCCCAGGACGAAGCUGGAGGAGCACGAACACAGGAAGGAGAGGUACGACGACAAGGAUCUCUACGGGCAAGAGUAUCUCAGGCAGGACUCGAUGAAGGAGAACGUGGAGAACUGCAAGGACCUCUACCGGAGCCCACAGCAGCAGGACAUCCGCGGCGGCAAGAGGUUCCCGAUGCACAACUCGAAGCAGGACCUGUCGGCCGACGCGUCGCCCCUGUGCAGCAUGCCGCGUUACGAGCUGAAGAAGAAGGAGCGCUUCGGCGAUUUCAAGAAGAAGAUCAAGUCGGAGGACAAGUACACGAGCACCGGUGACUUGUCGCAGAACGGCAGUUACCGUUCCGCCGGCAGCGGUGACUACUACAAGAAGCCGAAGAGCAGCAGCGAGCUGUACGCGAAGAAGAAGAAGGAGCCGGCGACGUCCGACGACGGCAACACGUACGCCACGAUCAACAGGGAUCGGACGGGGGGCGACCUGUACGGCUCCGGCGNGCGACAGAUCAUCGACACGUGGCCCUUCGUAAUGGCCGAGCCGAUCGAUCUGUCGCUCUACGAGCCCAGCGAAGACGAGGAGGAGGAGGAGGAGGAGGAGGAGGAGAGGACGUGGCCGGAGACGCCGCCGCCGCUGCCGCCGCGGCUCAGGCACCUGCCGCCGGUGCACAUGAACCUGGAGGACCGGCACAAGGUAGCGGGCAGGUCCAGGUCACUGCCGCCGCCGCCGCCGUAUCGUCCACCGCCGCAGCCUCGCGCGCCCAUCACCACCAGGCACCUGGGCCACGGCAGAUCGGUCGUCGACGACGAGAGCUACGUCUGAGGCAGAGAGAGAGAGAGACCCAUGUCGUGGUGGUGGCGAGCCACGACGAUCGAACCUAGUCCAAACGCGCAUCGUGUAGCAUCGAAGAAGACUUAUCGUCCUUCCGAUCAAACUUAGAGAUAGCGAUUAGAAAAUGGACCCAGUGGGACGAACUCGCGUUGCCGACCGACGAUCGAUCAAUCUUGGCCCGUGUUCUCUUCUCUCUCUCUCUCUCUCUCCUUUUUUCUUGCGCCGCUCCAACGCGCUCAAAUUUCCAUUUCGCGUCUGUGCUCGGAACGCAAGCCUUUUCCCGUUUAUAUAUAUAUUGAAUUAUAUAAUGAAGAGAGUCGCGCAUUUAGACGGCCGCGUCGCUCCGGCGAGAACGCGGGUCUCCGAUUGUUACUCAGUGAUUCAGGGUGCUUCCGCAACAAAAAAAAAAGCGUUCAUUCGUAAUGUCUCUCAAUGGACAUUCGUAUGCAUAUACAUAAGGAGGUUAACUAUUAAGAAAGCGUAGAUACGUAGCGGUGAACGGACGACACCAGGGAUGAUUUUCAUCAGGAGUAUAAUCGAUUGUGUUUUCUUACGUUCAUGCAAAAUGUGAUCUUCGAGGCACACACGCGUAUACAUAUGUGUAUGUAUGUAUAUGUGGUAUCUUUUUCUUUCCGUGCGGAGAUGUGAUUUCCGCUGCUGCUUAGCAACAGCCGCGUGCCGUUAAUAGCCGAAGUCGAAGGACGAAGUAUGUAUCGUUUAUGUGUAUCGUGUUUUUACAAUAGCGCAUUAACCAGCGCCAGUGGGAAACUUUUUAUUCUUGGAAAUUCUUUUUAACGGAUACAUUCUCUCUCUCUCUCUCUCCUUCUCUCGAUCGAACCGAGAUCUUUUUGUCGAUAUUGCCGGUGUGGCAGUGUGUGUGUGUGUGUAUGUGUGGCGUCUGUAUUGUGCUUUUAAGUUGAUGUGAGGCCGGGAUCGGAUUUAUAUCACACGAGGAACACGAAGAGUUAAAAGUUGGAAAUCUACGAGAGACAAUCCCUCUCGUCCUUCGCAUUUGUAAUUAGUACGCGAUUUGAAAUUGACUUCAAGAUCGUUUUCUCUUCGAGACUUUUUUUACCUCUUUCUUUUUACAUUCGAUCCUGCGAGAGAUGUCCGUGCAUCUAUUUUAGUAAAUCUCUUAUUGACAGAAUUAUCACUUUUUUGANAAUUUUUUUUUUUUUUUUUUUUUUUUUUAUUAUAAUACUGUGUCAGAGAAAGGACGUAAACCAGUUUCCUCUCGAGGGAUCUCUCUCGUAGCGCUGAUAUCGAGCGAGAAAACGAAACACGAGAAACGAAAUUCUCCACGCGUAACGAACAACAAACAAUAACAUUUUCCUUCUGACAAUUGUGUUAAUAUGGUUUAUAAACGUAGAAUGUGUAUACCGUAGGGAAAAAACGCUUUGUGCGCAAAGACGCAAGUGCGAUUAACUUCUUAACAGAUAGGAUACAAGAAACGUUGGGAUGUUACAUCGAGAGACCAGCCUUCUUAUUCUCUGUAUAUAUUUUUAUUAAACUGUAAACUAUAAUCUUUUAUAUUUGCUAUAUACACAAACCGGUAUUAGUACCAAACCACUCCCUGUCUCUAAAGCUGCUGAAAAGUGUCCAAUUGGGUGCGUCGUGUUUGGAUGUAAUGACACGUCCGAUUGGGCACUUUUGAUGACCCUGGAGCUAGAGCUAGGGAAUGCAACGACAUUAAGGUCGGUAUGUGUACAUUCUUAUAAUACACGUUAUGUAACACCCACAAGAUAUGUAUACUUAUCUAAAUUAUAUGUUAUACCACAAAAGUAAAUAUAUUUCGUAUUUUAUACAGCCAA